UGGUCCGAGGGCCGUGCCACAGCUGUGCCGUGGUGUCCAGCUCCGGCCAGAUGCUGGGCUCAGGCCUGGGCACCCAGAUCGAUGGUGCUGAGUGCGUGCUACGCAUGAACCAGGCGCCCACCGUGGGCUUCGAGGCGGACGUGGGCCAGCGCAGCACCUUGCGCGUGAUCUCGCACACGACCGUGCCGCUGCUGCUGCGGAACUACUCCCAUUACUUCCAGCAGGCCCGCGACACGCUCUACGUGGUGUGGGGCCAGGGGCGGAACAUGGACCGCACGCUGGGCGGCCGCACCUACCGCACGCUGCUGCAGCUCACCAAGAUGUACCCGGGCCUGCAGGUGUACACCUUCACCGAGCGCAUGAUGGCCUACUGCGACCAGGUCUUCCAGAACGAGACGGGCAAGAACCGGUGCCACCGUCCCCCCCGCCCCCGACGCCCUUGCAGCAUCUCCUCGUUGGUGUUGCUGAAUCCUACAGUGUGCGCUCCAGCCACCCCAGCGAAUUCACCCCAUGAGUCACCUGCCCUCUACCUCACAGCAGCUUCGAUUCCCAUGGAGAAUAAAGUCCAGACUCCACCUUCUCUCCUCCCCUGGCCUACAAGCUUUGUAUGAUUUGGCCGCUGCCUGUCCUGUUCCAGCCAUACUGGCCGUCUGCGCUUCCUCACAUAUCCACCCUGGUUCUCGCCUUCAUGCCUUUGCAUAUGUCGUUCCUUCUGCCUAGAAUGUUCUUCCCCCAAAUCUCCCAUGACUAACCCCUUCCUGCCAUUUAGGCCUGUGUGGAAUGUCACCUCCUCAGAGAAGCCCUCCCUGAUCACCCCAUCUGAUGAUACCUCCCACCUGAUACUCUUUAUUCCUUUGUUGCCUUGUCUUCUCAGCUGUUCUCUCCCAGCUGCCUCCUCCUUUGAGAGGAGGGUAUGGCAGAGUCCAGUUUGAGCGAAUGAACCACCUCAUAAUGCCUCUUAGAGGUGGAGGUGAGGGGCCCUCAGAUGGGAGAGAAACCAGUGCUGGUGUCUGAGUGAGUGAAGGUCUUGUUCCGAGUUCGGUGAACUAGUAAAGGCAUGGGAGUGCUCCUGGGCUGACAGUGUUCCCUCCCCAUAGCCACCUAUAAUUAUCCCCAUUUCACAGAUGGGUCACUGAGGCUCAGAGAGGUUCAUGAGCAAAUCAGACACUCCAGAGCAGGUACAGGAUUUGAAUCAAAGACCAUCUGACUCCAGGCCACCCCCUUUCCCACUUUCAACCACUGCUCUGCUGCCUCCUGCUCUCUCCCCAAGCUUCGUCCCUUAGAUCCAGAGAGGAUGUGGCCAGGGCCCCCUUCCAUCUUCCAAAGGUUUGCUCACGCCCUGCGUGGGUGGUGGGGGUUGAACAGAUCUGGGUUUGUGUCGAGCUCUGCCUUUUGCCUGCUGCAGACCUCGGGCCGGCUCUGUCCCCUCCCCGGCCUCCCCCAGGACCCCUCUGUGGGGGUCAAGGUGGGUGGCCUUCAGCUGGGAGGGUAGCCAGGGCUGUGCCUUGAGAGAGCCGAGGCGAGGGCCUCCGCCAGCCCCUUGUUCUGACUGUGUUUUCCC